CUUCGGACCGCCUUCUCUGUCACCUCAUGUGGUUGGUGCAUUGGCGGCCUACAAUCAAACAGCUGGCGGGGCUGUGAGCAUGGAAAUGGCUUUGGCAUCUCGACAGCGGACUUUGGUUGCUCAAGCUGACAUGCAGGCUUGGAAGUUGCAGCUGGAAGCUAGCUGCCCCACCCGUAAAGCUAUGCUUCUUUCUGAAGCCGAGCCAGGUGGCCGUGCGUUCCUGGCUGCGGUGCCGGCUGGACCAAAGCGCAUGGAACCUGCCGUGUUUACCGCGGAAUUGCGCCACCGGCUUGGGGUGGCCGAAGCUUCAAGUGAUGGAUGGUGCCCCCGCUGCGACAGUGUUCUAGACACCUUCUCUCUGCAUGCCGGGGUCUGCAUAGCUGGGGGCGAGCGCAACCAGCGGCACAACGCGCUCCGGGACUUGCUCUGCACUUGGGCGGACCGAGCCGGGCUUCACCCAGAAAAGGAGAAACCUGGUCUCCUUCUCCCACAGCGCCCAGAAGAGACUGGGGUUGCACGCAGACGACCCGCAGACAUCUUUGCACCUUGCUUCUCUGGCAAGCCUACUGCAUUUGACUUGGCCGUGACAGGCUUUCAGCGGCAGGCUAGCUUAGCAGAGGCUGGGUGGCAAGGAGGCGCUGCGGCUGCUGCUUAUGCAACUGUCAGAAUGGCCCACUUGGACACUGCUUCGAUUUGUCGAGGGCAAGGUCUCACCUUUGUCCCACUUGUGGCUGAGACGACCGGUGCUUGGGACCAUGCGGCGGCCCGGGUCUUAAAGUGCAUAGCCCGUGCGUGCAGUUGCUGCGCGGGAACAGGGCUGCCCUGCAGCGCCGUGCUGACGCCGCUGUGGCAGAAGCCCCUUCCCAUGCUGCUUCGGCGGCGGCUGUGGUUUUGCGCUCCUGAAGCCUUCCUGAUGUCCGGGAUGAGCUGGGCCCGGUUUCUUGUGGCCGCCUUGCCUUUAGUGCUUGGCAGCAUUUGUGCACGAUGCUUUCGUUUUGCCUGGUGCCUAGUUUUCCUGUGCAGUCCCGGCUGGUGCAAUUUCAGACUCAUACUCCUCUACCGGGAGGUGCUUGAUUUUUGGCAUCUGGCGUUUUUGCUCGUGCCCACUUGUUUUUACUUUCCUUUUGGCAUCGGCCUGGUAAGUAUUGGCUUAGCCAUUCUUUGCCUCGCCUGGGUGGACCCAGCCUUCCAGCUUGCAAGGGCAGCUGGCGGCGCACGGGGUGUCGGCAUUGCCAUGGCGCUCAAAUCUGGUGUAUUCGCUUGCCUCAUCCUUGCAUUGUGUGUGAGCUGCAACAACGUCAUGGCAGAGGAGAACUCCGGCAAGGAGACUGAGAAGGGCGGCAUCAUCAUCGGCCGCGGCCUCCCGAUUGAGACUGAGAAGAGUGGAGUGCCCUUCCUCCCUCGGUCGGAGAACCUCGAGGAGACUGAGAAGCGCGGCUUCAUCAUCCCCCGCGGCCUCCCAAUUGAGACUGAGAAGAGUGGAGCGCCCUUCCUCCCUCGGUCGGAGAACCUCGAGGAGACUGAGAAGCGAGCUGAGAAGGGCGGCAUCAUCAUCGGCCGCGGCCUCCCGAUUGAGACUGAGAAGAGUGGAGCGCCCUUCCUCCCUCGGUCGGAGAACCUCGAGGAGACUGAGAAGGGCGGCAUCAUCGUCCCCCGCGGCCUCCCGAUUGAGACUGAGAAGAGUGGAGCGCCCUUCCUCCCUCGGUCGGAGAACCUAGACGAGACUGAGAAGGGCGGCAUCAUCAUCCCCGCGGCCUCCCAAUUGAGACUGAGAAGAGUGGAGCGCCCUUCCUCCCUCGGUCGAGAGAACCUCGAGGAGACUGAGAAGGGCCGGCAUCAUCAUCGGCCGCGGCCUCCCCGAUUUGAGAACGAGUGGAGAGCCCAUUCCACCCCGGUCGGAAACCUCGAGGAACUGAGAAGGGCGGCUCAGCCCCCCAAAUUUGAGACGCCCUUCCUCCCUCGGUCGGAGAACCUCGAGGAGACUGAGAAGGGCGGCAUCAUCAUCGUCCGCGGCCUCCCAAUUGAGACUGAGAAGAGUGGAGCGCCCUUCCUCCCUCGGUCGGAGAACCUCGAGGAGACUGAGAAGGGCGGCAUCAUCGUCCCCCGCGGCCUCCCAAUUGAGACUGAGAAGAGUGGAGCGCCCUUCCUCGAGAACCUCGAGGAGACUGAGAAGGGCGGCAUCAUCAUCCCCCGCGGCCUCCCAAUUGAGACUGAGAAGAGUGGAGCGCCCUUCCUCCCUCGGUCGGAGAACCUCGAGGAGACUGAGAAGGGCGGCAUCAUCAUCGGCCGCGGCCUCCCGAUUGAGACUGAGAAGAGUGGAGCGCCCUUCCUCCCUCGGUCGGAGAACCUCGAGGAGACUGAGAAGGGCGGCAUCAUCGUCCCCCGCGGCCUCCCAAUUGAGACUGAGAAGAGUGGAGCGCCCUUCCUCCCUCGGUCGGAGAACCUCGAGGAGACUGAGAAGAGCGGAGUGCCCCACUGGUUUCUUUCCGAGAACCUCGGCAAGGAGACUGAGAAGAGCAGGGACGCCCCCACUUACCCAUGAGUGGGCGAGAUCGAGCACGCAUGAUGACUUGCAAAACAGUUCUUUGCUUCGCCAACAACAGGGCGACUUACAAAGCAGUGCUUGCUUCGCCAACAGGGCGACUUACAAAGCACGUGCUUGCUUCGCCACUAGGGCGACUUUGCAAAAUAGUGCUCUUAGCAGAUGCUUUUAUGAUUGACAAGGUCUGUAGGUAGCAAGGUAGCAAGGUUUCAGGGUGUCAAGUAGGAAUAGGACAUUGCUUCAAUAGAGCAUUCAUGCCAGUGAGCCUUCGCAAGCUUGACAUUCAGUGCAUUCAUGCCUGAUACAAAGACAAACCCUUCCAAAAACUUGAGAAGACUGGCACCAACAAGUCUG